UGUAUUUAUCUAAUAAUAAGUAAUAAAUACAGUUUUGUAAAAGGUCAAAGCCAAAAAAUUAAAUACGUUUGUUAUGCUCGUGAUACCACUAUUGUUGAACAGUGAUAAAAACAUGACGUAAAAAAGUUUUUAAUGUGUUCAUUUUUACUGCUGUUACUUUGAUAUAUACAUAAAAUUUGUAUAAGUUCUUACUCAAUAUCAAACAUUCAUUAAGCAACUUGGUCAUUCCUAUUUGAGAAAAUGAGUUCGGGUUUUAUAUCAGAAGCAGAAAUCGCUGAACAGCGAAAAUUAAGACAACAAGAAUGGGAAAAAGUUAGAACACCUGAUCAACCUUUAGAAGCUCCAGAAGAACCGUAUGAUCCAAGAAGUCUAUUCGAUCGACUACAAGAGCAAAAACAUAAACGCGAUGCAGAAUAUGAGGAAGCCCAUAAACUCAAAAAUAUGAUAAAAGGUCUUGAUGAUGAUGAAGUAGAAUUUCUUGAUUUAGUGGACAGAACUAAAAUAGAAGAAGAACGAAAGAAAAACCUUGAAGAAGAAAAAGAAAUGAGAGAGUUCAAAGCAAAAGUUGCUUCUUUACAAGAAAAAUCUUUAGAUGAAAGGUUGAAACAAGAAUUAAGAUCACCACAGAUCAGUUCUAGGUCUACCACAAGGAGUUCACAAAUAAAAUUAGUUGCUGGAAUUGUAAAAAAGUCUACAAAAACUGAAAGUAGUACUUCUCCACAAGGAAUAAAAAGAAAAUUAUCAGAUUCUGAUGAAAACAGUAAAGAUAAAAAAGAGCAAAUAACACCAGAGGAAAAAACCAAAGGAACUAUUAGCACAACAACCAUUAGAAACUCAUCUAGCGAAGGUGCAGAAAUAACAGGAGCUUUAAAAUGUAUAGGAAUCUUGCCAGGAUUAGGUUGUUACGAUAAUUCAACUGACAGUGAUUCUAGUUCUGAUUCCGAACCUGAAACAGUUUGCAAGAAAAAGAAAUUGGAUAUUAUAGGACGUCCAAUUGUACCUCCCAAAGAGGAACAGUAGAUUGAUAA